AUGGGACAGGCCCCCGGGGCUGCCUUGGAUGAAGGAUGGUCCCAGACAGGUGAGCUGUGUGACAUGUGAAAUGGAUCAUAAUCUCACUGGUUUUGUUUGUGUCAAAUCAAGAACUCGCCUCUGCUUUUAGGACGAUCAAAAUGUCCCAAUUGGAUCAUGUAAAUCCGAUCUGAUUCAGUUCAAUGAUCAGACUGGAUUUAUGGGAUUUAAGGUAAACCCACGGCUGCAUUAGCAGAAGAGAAUGCAUCAAGUAACAAAACAUUGCUGAGCGCAGGAUUGUAUAAACUAAAAACGUGAAAGGAUGAAUGACAGACAGACAGAGGAAAUCAAGCAGGAAAACACUGUUAGAAUCAAAAACCAGCCCAACUAACUACAAAAGUCUGCAUCCUCUCUUUAAAUCAUCACCAUUCAAAAGUCCAUUCACUAAACUCCAAAUUUCACUCUCUCUGUCUACCUCUGCAAGAAUCAUCCUCCACACGUGAGCGCCAUCCUACCGUACGUCUCUGUGAUUUCACCUUCCCUGCAACCACGUGGCCACCGCGUUCAGUGAGUUUUUUCUUCCCUGAACACGUGUGAACACGCAUGUGAACAUCUGAGCUGAUCAACUAAACUGUUCCCAUAUGUAGCCCUGAGGGGAGCAGCAGCUGGAGUUUCACUGCUCUCUCUGCAGGCUUUGGGUGACACCGGGCGCAGGGUGCUGACAGGCUGUAAUUCAGGCUGUCCGCUCACCAAAAAUCCCCCAGAUUAUUUAAAAAAAUUCAGAUUGCAAGCAGAUUUUAAAAGGUGUGUUUGUGCGCUGAAGGAAGAAAGGAGUUUGAAAGCAGGUUUAAAAUCAGGUAGCAGAGAAAGAGUGAGCAGUAGUUUGGUGUUUCCUGAGCACUGACCUGCACACACAGCAAACACAGCACCCGUCAGCCUCUCAUCUUCUUUCUCUUCUCACAUUUCACACUCCAGCUCCUUCCUCUCUGCCUUUUGAAGUUGGUCCCUCCGUUAUUUCAGAGGAAAAAGUCCUUUGCAGAGGAGGGACUGUGUUGGAGGAGGAGGGAGAAGUCUUCCUCUCUUGCUUUUCUUUCCUCUCUUUCUUCUUUUUCUUCUUCUUCUUCUUCUUCUUCUUUACUUCCCUCUUGUUCUAUUAUGCACCAGCUGAAAUCUGCACCUCCUCCUGCUCUUCCACAGCAAAAAAUCUCCUCACACACUCACGGUUGAGAGAGAGGAGGAGAAAAAUAACACUGCGAGGAAGAGAGAGAGCCUGCUCAGUCACCUCAUCCCCCUCCUGUUCAAAUUUUGCUGGAUCUCGGGCUGCAAGGCGAACUCUACUGGGCAUGCCCACAACCGAAAGGCACACUUUGUAAUGCUCACUUCCUCUCUUGUUCUUGCCUUCUCCCCCUCUUCCUCCCUCCUCCCUCACAGCCCUCCCCUCUCUCUCCCCUCUCUCCCUACAGCUCCCACUUCAGUGGGGGAGCAGGAAUGCUGUUCGGACCAAAGUCCAACCGGCUGCAAGACAAAAGCAAAAAAUGCACAACAAACUAAAAUGAAAAGUCUAAAACACGACUCUGUUAAAAAGAAAAAAAAAAACAUAUGAAGGAUAAUUUACUCUAACUGUCAUAAACGGCAAUUUUGCCAAGCAACUACUUAAUCCAAAUCCCAGUAAUUCAAUCACAUGAACUUAUGAUGGCUGUCUAGACGUCAGUGAUGUAAUAUUUAAUCCAAAACUAACGGACAUGCUGCUCAAAACAGCGCAGAAAUCUGGCAUCCCUUUGAACACUGCUCAACUCUUACUUUGACUUUUUUUUACCCUCCAGCAGAUGAAAUAAAAAUCUCAUUUUUUACUAAAUUAACCUGACCUGUGUAUAUGUAUUAAAUAUUUAGAUAAAACUCAAGAUCAUUAAAGAAACUGUUUAAUAUUUUACUGCUUGGACACAGAGUUAAAGAUAGGAUGAUAGUUCCAUUAAAAUCAGUGUAUUACCUGCUUUAUUUUGACUCUGUUUCUGGUACUUUUUUUAUGUAAUUUAAUAAUUAAAAAAAAUUCUACUUUUGAUGCCAUCAAAGCUUACCCUUAAAUCAGAUUGUUUUCUAGCACAUCAAUAAAUUACUUUCUAUUUUGUUUCUAUUUUUGUCAUUUUACACCAUACAGAUUACAUGGGUUUUUGAUUAGAUUAGAUCAGAUUAGAUAUAAUUUAGAUUUUUUUGGGAAGGUUCCCUCAAGGAAAUUAAAAGCAUGUCUAUUAUGAGAUUUUAGAUUUUGUUACACAAAAAUCAACUGACCUAAAUAAUUUAACAUACCUGCGUUUUUUUUACAUUUUGAGAUUAUCAGUUUAUUUCCUGAUGUUAAUUGUCAUUGUUUUUGAUGCUACUAUCUAACAUUACACCAUUAUUUAUAUAUUUGUUAAUACUUUAAUUGAUCAGCACAAAUUCCCAAAUAAUGAUAAUUAUUAUAAUUAUUAUUACAAUUAUAAUCAUUAUUAUUAUUAUUAUUACAAAGUGCUGUUGAGGUCCAAAAUCACCCCUUCUCCUUCUUUAUAAUCGUGAGCUGUUUUGACCCCUUUAGCUCACCAUAGUUUAGCCACUGCAGUGUCUUUCUGCUUCCUGCUGCACUAUGAUGGAAAGUAACGACACCAUUGAUCUUUAGAUGGCACAUUUAAAAUUAAUAACCCAUGGACAGCUCAGUAAACAAGUCAAAAGUUAUUUGCAUUUUUUAUCAAAUAAGUGAAAUCAUCAUCAAAGUACCGCUAGUUGAGCUACUACCGAAGAGCUGAUUGGCUCCCAGUGCAGCCAUCAGCUUACAGUGGCUUAUAAACUUUGACAAUAAAAUGCAUAAUUACAAGAAACAGAGGAAGGAAAAAUUACACUGGCUUUCUUGAAUAAAAAAAAUUUUAAGAGGAGAAUAAAGAGGUUGGAUUAGCAUGCCAAAUUUCAGCAGGUCAGUCACUCCAGUUUGGUACAACCUAAGCUGUCGAACCCUGAUAGUCCUCAGUCAUCAAACAGCCUUUGGGACCCAUAUCAGCUGAUCUGAGUGGAACACACACAGAGUUUGAAGGUCACUGGUACAAUCGAGGCAAUAAAAGUUAGAUUCAAAAUUGUACAAUCAAGUAGAGGCCAGGACUGAGGUUAUGGAUCAGUUUUUUCAGACCAGUAGAAAGCUAGGAGCAGAGUUACUGUCGUACGAUCAAGAAGACAAGUGCACAGUGUUAAUUUUCUCCUGCAGAAACAUCCGUCAGCUCUGCAAUGUGUGGAAUUUUGUGUUUUUUAAAGCCGCAGAGCACUUUUGUUUUCUCUAUUCGAUGUAUGACGUAUUGCUUUAGCGCGUCAGCCCCGUGCCUGUGCUAUCUCAGGCUCCCCCACGCUGACCCAGAUUCUCCCUGCAAAAUAUCGGGACACUUUGUGUUACAAGCAGGCAGAAGACUGAGAGGAGAGCAGUGAGUUCACUUCCACACAGACAGACAGACUGACAGACAGAGGAGAAACAGGCAGAUACUCGUAAAGUCUUACCCCGGGAAACUCAGUGUCUCCAGUGAGCUGAAAUAAAAGAAAAAUCCAAUAUUUGGAGAGAUAUAAAGCUGCUGAUUUAAAGCUUGGAGGAAAUAUGAUAAGUCUUCAAAAAAAGAGUCUCUCUCAAGCAGCUGCAGAAGACUCUUUCAUAUCUGAUCCUGUUCUAGCUGAUCUAAAAUCAAAACAACACAACCAGAGCCACCAUUGUUUUUGCAGCUUAAAGCCCAGACAUCCCUACUUUGGUCAUCACGUUGUCUUUUAUUGAGAUGCCAUGAUGAAUUUUUUACACUUUUGCUGGCUCAGUUUUUGUGACAUGUGGAGUAAAAAGCCACAAGAGAUCAUUGCUCGCAUGAUCUAUAUUUGUCUGAUCCAAAUAGAACUUUUAAUGCCAUGUAAAGAACCCACUUUUUUCUACAGCUGUACACAUUUGGGGGAUAUGAUGCAUUUUGAAAUACUCAAAUGGCAACGUAACAAGGAGAAAUACCAAUGUCGGGCUUUAUUUCCUUUGCAGACAACACUUUGAGGGGGGCUUUUGAACUGCACUCAAAAAUAUAACUUCAAACAGAUCAUCUCUCAAGUUGUUGAAAAAAUAAUUUACUUAGGUUCACACAUUUGGGGUUUUUAUAAUUAAAAUGUUUUGUUAUUUUCAUUAAAGCUCCUGUGAGGAGAUUUUGGCAGGUUAUGAAACUGACUGAAACAUCUUUUCUUAUUACCUUGUGUAGAAAAAGUGGCUAUGGGGUUAUUUUCAACGUGUGACUGCACUGGCAGGGGAAAACAAACUUACAACCCUUUUAUCUCACGCUGCUCCCCAAAAACACUCGAUGACUGAUGUGUUUGCCCCCCCAAAAGAGAGCAGAAGGAAACUUUCAUUAAGAAGUGCAAAUUGUGCCUUAAAAAUUGAGUUAUUUCAUAUUUUCUUAUUCUUUGGAAACCAAUAGACAUUGUUUAAGCUGGGUUUUUUAAUGCCUCUUUUGACUAUAUAUCUUGAAAAACAAAAUGUUCUAUCCACACAGUCUAAGCUGGCUGGGUUCUACAGGGAUCUAUCUGUGAGCCAAUCAGUGCUUGACUUGAGCAUAAGAGGACCAAUCAGGUUCUGCUUCUUUGUGAUGUCACUGCACUGCUCACUGAGGGCGGGAAAGGGGACAGAGCAGACAAAGAAGCAAAAAUGUCACAUUACUUGAGGUAAAUGAGAGACCUGACAGUGUUUAUUGAUGGGCUCAUGAUUCGGGGAUUCAGAUGUUGGAAAAGUCGUUUUAAAAAAAGGUUCAGGUCCGUCUCAAAGGUUAAUUAGCUGCUAUACCAGCCUUAAACCACCAGCGUGCUAAUGUUAGUCUGCCAUUUUGUACUAACAUACAGAGUGAACCACAAAAGGGAGUUUUUUAAUCAUAAUCUCACAAUAUUUCUCAUUAUUAAAUUGUUUAUAAUUGUGGAAGAACUGAAUAUAUUAAGCUUGUAAGUAGCUGUGUUAGCAUUUUGUCAGUGUGUUACAAAGGAAGUAACAAACACUCCAGUGAUAGCUUACUGUUAUAAAUGCAAUAAACCUAAAACAAAACAAAACAAAACAAAACAAAAAAAACUGAGUAUUUUACUGUAUUCCUGCACAAAAAAAUCUGUAUGUUUUUACCAUGAUAAAUAUCCUUAAACUCUAUGAGAUAAUACACACUUUUUUAACAAGUAUAUUCUUAUAUAAAAAUGUCAUUAUGGGCAAGUUUUUUUUUUACUGGUUUAGACACAGACUUAAACUAAAAUUGAUGCCUUUCUUAAGACCUUCAAAAGCAAAAACGACCUUAAGCUGAAAAUUUCUCAGGUGUAUUAUUUAAUGUCUGAAAACACAGUGAGGGGGUCGAUUUAAGACUGUAUGGUUGACAACAGGCACAAAAAAACAGCUAGUUACUCUUUCAAGAGAUGAGGAUUUUGUCUGAAGACAUGACUUUUAUAUGUUCAGGGCCUGCUUGUUUUCAACAACAGUGAGUCAAAACUUCACGAUUUAACUAACUUCAUUUGGCCCUGACUGAGUGUGAGAUCUUUAGUCUUUUCUUGCUGGUGUUUUAUGACCGCUCCUGCACCUGAAUGAUGUCCGUAUAAGAACUAGAGAUGGACCAAGUAAUUGGUCAGCCCUUUAAGCAGACCAAUUACUGGCACUUUAAAUUAAUCAGCACCACAUUGGCGCUCACAAGGCCGAUGCCACCAUUAUCUUUUCUACACGAUGACACUUUUAAAUUCUUCAUCUAUUUAACAGCUGUUAGCCAGCUUUUGAUUUAAUUCUGUAAUAACGUGUAAAAAGUGAAAUUUAAUAAUGCCAAAUAUCAGUCAUGAAAUCUACAGUGUGACCCAAAGUAUUUUUCUAUCUCAUGAAUAAAUUAAAAGUCUAACAUAUGUUACUGGCUGAGAUGAUAAUGUGCAAGAAAUAAUUCUUUUCUUUUAUGUUUACCUUGUUUGUUUCUGUUUUAAUUAUCACAGAUGGCUGGACAGAAAUCCCAAAGUGUCUCACAUCAGUAAUUUGCUAAGCCAAAUAUUUUUCUGUCCACAUUUAUAUUAAAAAAGUUAAUCAACUUUGUUUCUCAUUGGACAGUUUUGUUAAGUUCAAAAUUAUGUGUCUGUUGUUGAAUUAAAAAUGCAACAUGUCAGUAUCUUCAUCAGCCAAACUGUUCUGUCAUAGUUGGCAUCAGCACUGAUGGUUUCAAAAGCCCAACAAAGUGCCUCAGCAUUAAGCCCAAAUAGUCAGGUCAGAUCAUGUUUUUAUUGCAUAAGUCUAAACUGCUUUUCACCCUGCUCAUAAAAGUAAGAGGAUAUUAAAGACUGAAAAAUAUUAGACUUCAUAAAACCUUCAGAGUGCUGAAACAGCAGAAAGAUUUUUUUUUCAUGUGGUUAAAUUUGCUGAUCAAACAUGAACUUUCAGGCAUGACAGUCCUGAUGUUAUUGGUUUCCUGCCUUGGAUAACCUUGUAGCCUCCGUCUCAUAGAUUAUAGAGCUAUGUCUUUUAUUUACUCCAAAAAAACCUUAUAAUCAUAAGCAAAACUGUGGCUGUGGAGGCUGCCAGACUUGCAAAGCUGAAAGAAGUAAAUGAAAAUCACAGAAGGCUGCGUGAAUUCUCUCUGUUGAGUCAACAUUGUAAUCCUGUAGACAUCCUGUGCAGAGAGUAAUCCAUCUGGGCCAUCUGAAGGGUGGAGAUAGGGGCCAGGUGGAGGAGGAGGUGGACGUCCAGACGGCUGCAGGAUUGACCCCCAGAGGUCAGAGGUCAUGGGAAACAGCGGGUCAACAUAAAGCUGAGAGGUCAAUGUCACGGCUUGAUAAGCCAGAGCCGCAUGUGUCCUGGUGGAGGGCAGCUGAUGGAGUAAUGGGGGAAGAGGGUCGGGGGGUUGAAAGUGUGACAGGAUUAAAAUUAAAAGCUACAAAGUAAAACAAAAAAGAACGUGGAGCCGGUAGAACCUGGAUGAGUCAGUCUAAUGGAUGGACACUAAGGUCCAGAGUGUUGUCCAAGUGGGAAUCCAGAGUUAAAACAAAUCAGUUUCUACUCCUAAAGCACAAAGUGUCUCAAAUAUGGUCUGAACAGCUGUCGACAAUCACCUACGGAGGAUACUCAUCACUCUUACAAGCAUGAACAUGAAACAGCAUCAACAGUCUUCAAGACUAUUUUAAGUUAUUGGUUUUGGGAAGGAUAAGCCUUGUAGCCCAGUUCAGCGCUCUCAGAGAAAACAUUUAAAAAACUCAAAUCAAAUACUUGAGUAUAAAUUGAUAUUCGUUUUUAAUUUUUUUCAUCUACUUGCAGACUUUAAUUCAGAUUAUAAAUUUAAAUUCUAAAUCUGAAGGCUAUCUAAACUAAGGUUUUUUAGAGGUCUUCAGCAUAGACUGUAUAUAGAAUGGUGCCGUCUGCCUCCCCGCUGGAUGAAGCCACCGGGAGAACAGCACCCUCUGGUGACGGGCUGCAGUAUGGUCAUAAAUCCCGCCUCCUCCAGCAAUCCCUAUGGAGUCGUGGACAAACUUUAGAAAUUUAUUACACAGAAUAUACAUUUGUCUCCCCCCUGCUUGUGAUGUUGACAUGUAGUUAUUGUAAGACUGGUUUGUGCUCAAGUCCUCUUUUCUCUGUGCAACUACAUUUUUAAAGUUAUAAGGGGUUCAUGUUAGAGGUAUACGCUGUUUGAGCAGAGUGUCAUCACAGCGACUCUCCCACUGAAUGCAUACAACACUACUGCGCAAGUGGUGGUUCCAGGAAGUGGAGAAAAUCCUGGAAAUACAGAGAGCAAUUCGGCAUAAAAUUCAUAUAAUGACAGAAGGCAGAACUAAGUCCAUAGUAAAUUUUUUUGAGGACUCAGAAAUCAGGCAACUGGACUGUGUAGAGUUGAGAAGACGUUUCGCCUCUUAUCCAAGAAGCUUCUUCAGUUCAUAUUGCUAGUGUGAGGAGCAGAUAAUGUCUGUCUUGGUCGGGGUGGGGGGAAGGAUAUUAGAGGAUCACAAACAAGAAAAAUUGUCAAAAUUAACUUGUAUAUUUUUACCUAUGUGCUAGAGAACUGCUGUACUCUGAGGGGCAGCCUCCAGUGUCCGCUGGAGGAACUGCAGUUUUUGGUAUUACCACAUUAGCUACCCUUUUCAGCUCUGAAACUAAAAAUGUUUCCUCUUUAUGGCCCACCAAAGCAUGCUACAACACAAGAACUUCAUUUAUCCCUAAUGGGAAAUUCAUAAACUUGACCAGCAGUAUAAAGCUUGCCUGUUUAUUAACAGUUAUUUUGAUUACUGGAAAACAGCUGUACUGAUUAACAGUGUGCUACAGAAUUUGUCUUCAUUUACACAGUAGAGAUUCACAAGGACUGUUUAAUUUUAAAAAAUGAUGAGAGGAGAUUAUUUUUGUCCUAAAGCACCUCAUGCUCAUGUACAAGAUCAGCAAAGAGAGAAGAGAUACUGCCUUGUCCACAGGGGGUGCUAGAAUCAACCCAAAUCCAAAGUUCAUCCCAGGAGCUUUGGGAAACUAUCAAUUUUUAAGAGCCAUCAAGACCUCUUCCUAACAUGCUUUUCUUGAAUGCUCUAUCUUUAAGGUGUCUUUUACAGUUGCAUUGUGAUUAUUCAUAAGAAAAGAGUCAAAGGCGCUGCUCUUCAGGGCUCAUUUAUGCUCCACAGAGACAUAUGUUUAAAACAGCAUUGGUGGACUUUUUAGUGGACACUGACAGCAGGACAUCCACUAACAUCAUCAAUCUGAACAGGACUUUUUUCACUGUUUUUGAUCAAACACAACAAUCAAAUUACCUGUCAUACACUAACAUUACAGACCGAAUAUUAGCAACAUCUUGAUUGUAUAAUUGGAUAAAUUGAUUGGAAAAAUCCCACUGGAUAAGGAUUAUGAUGAUAUGACAGUGAAGGAAAUAAUGUAAUGAACAUGAGAGCUAAAGAUAAUAAGUGACCAUAAGACAGCCGCAGGUAACAGAGUAUAAAUAGCAACACGGUCUGUGCAGAAUGCGAGACAGGCUGGUAAAGUAGGUUAAGCAUUUUUUUACAUUAAUUUAGGACAACCUGUGAGAUCAUUUUUUUUUCACCUUAUUGCACAAAUUUGUCUGGAGUUUAUUUUUUUACAUUAAGGAAACGUCAAAUAUUCAAAUUGAUCGAUUAUCUUCUGUCAAAAUCUCGUAUCAUGGCAGCAGUGUAGAGGAUGAAAAGAGAAGUAAAGUGAUGACCCAGCUUCGAAAAUUUCUUCAACAAUCGAUCAACAACUUUGUUUGGUCUACACAAGAAAGGCUUUUAUAAUUUCCAAACAUCAUAUUAAUUUUGAAAAUGUGAGAACAUCUUGAGUAAUGGGUAAGGAGAUGCUGCAGCAGCUGGCAAAAAAGUGUUAAACAAAAUCUUCCAAAAUCACAACACAGGAAAUUACUCAGGAAGAGAAAAAGGAAGUCUUUGUUUUAAACCCAUCUGCUAAGACAGUCACAUUAAUAUGGGUGUAAAAAGUUAGACAAGAUCUCAAAAAUACAGCCAUGCUUAGACCCUGUAGGGAUCUGUUGAUUCUCUCAGCUCCAAAAAGAUCAGGAUGUGACCCAAGACUGUAGUUAAACUUGGACCAAACUGGCACCCAAAUGUAUGGAUACUCCAUUAUACAGAAGUAGCUAAUGUGCUGACCCAACUAUCAGGGUUGAGGGGGUACUUGAUUAGUACCCAACUGGGGUCCUCUGUCCCAAAAAAAGAGCUAACAUAAAAAAAGUCCCAUGUCCUUUUAAAGCCAAAUUUUAAGUGUUUGAAAAACAUUCCAUUUGUUCAUUUUAACAUAAUGCAGGGAAGUAUUUUAGAGCACAUCCCUCAAGAAAAUAAAAAGGCUAAUAUUAUAUGUAAAUUUGGAAAAUAAGGGGCGCGGCUGAAUUGACUGACAGGCGAUGCAGUUGUCCAGGAGGCUAAAAGCCAGUCCUGAGCUCCACCUCUUUGAAGAACGUCUCUCCAAACAUGAUUCGACGAUGACACUGAAUCUAUGUCCAUGUUUUAUAAAGACUAUAAGCCCCAUGGUAGCCACCAUUCUGGAAAAUCUGUCUCAUUUUACCUCCUGAUCAAUAUGAAAACAGACAAAACAUGUGAGCAGGAGUAGGCUUUAAGAAGUAAUGGUAAUUUGGCGGCCUUGAGUGGAAUUGUUUAAAAUCAAAAUAAGUCUGGUCCACUUAUAACAGCUGCCAUAGAGGAUUCAAUGAAUCCCCCAGUGGUGAAAGCUGCCAUCUUGUUUUUUUCUCCGAUUAUUGCAGUUCCAGACCCACAUGCCAGAAAAAAUGAAUACGAGCCUGGUGAUGAGCCUGGCAGUGGCAAGCUAGUAAUUUGGAUUAGAUUGAGCAUUUCAAUCAUCUGGGAUAGUUUGGCCAUUUCAAUUAACUAGUUGAGUAUAUGCUGGAUUUGGUUUUGCGUUGUCACCAGGGUUAUGGGCACUCAGUCCAUUUACACACACAGUUAAAUCAAGAUAUGGUUAUAGCUUGAUUGAGUAAUUUAAUUGCACUUCUGUCCUUGUCUCAGUUUACAACACUGGGCAAGAACUAAAUCACUAACAGAAGUGAGGCUGCAUCCUCAAUUCCAAGUGGUGAUAUGCCCCCUACCAACUUCUUACAUCUGGACCAACUCCCAGCUGAAAGUGUCUGCCAGGCCGCUCUUCACAAAGUGUUUAAACAUCAUUCAUCUCCAUGAGGGACCAUCAAACCCCCAGUUAACUCUGACUGAGCUUAACAAGAGAUAAUUGUUCAUAAAUCUGAUUCUUCUGAUCAGACAGCAUCAGUGACUCUGCAGCCUCUUUUUACAAACUACAAAACAGACAAAGUGGUCUCGGCUGUGUCAAACCCAUCUGAGCCUGCGGCGGCAAACCACACCAGCCCACUCCUCUUAGCUCAAUACUGACUCAUUAGCCCUCUCACCCGGGGUCUCUGAGGACUUGUGACCCUGGCUUUUGUCUGGCUUGGACCCAUCCUGACGAGAUCCCCCAGCCCUGCACAAAGCCUUGUCAUUAACUCCGGCUUGGCUGCCCCUUUGGCCACAACCUGCAGCCCCAACAGACCGUCUGGGGGUCAGACAAACACGAGGCAGCGUUCAUCAACCUCAACCCCCCUCAAACACCAGCAGCCUGCCCCUACCCACCCGCCUGAUCUCUGAGGACGGCAGGGAGUGACGAGCCGUUAGCUAGCAGAAGACGAAGAGGUUCCAUCCACCUGCUCCUCAGACACAGAGGUGUGUGUGUGUGUGUGUGUGUGUGUGUGUGUGUGUGUGUGUGUGUGUGUGUGUGUGUGUGUGUGUGUGUGUGUGUGUCUUGAGGGUUGAAGACAAUAAUGGUGACAAGUGAGUUGUUUGUUUUCUCAGUCAAUAAACCAAUAACAAGUAGCUGAAGAACACACAGGCAUGUUGAACUUGCUAAGCAGUGUGCAGACUGUAUUCUAAUGGGGCGCUGACUCACAUUCAUUGUUUCUUUUGAACAAGGGAAAAAUGACAAAGUAAUCUCAUAUCUGAUGUUUAAGAAUUCAUUUAGAAAAAUGGUAUUUAUUGAUAGGAAAAUAAAACCAAUCAAGAUCAAAUCAGACUUUUAAAAAUGACCCAGGCCAUGGUUUUCCUUUUGUUUUCAUCAAGCUACUAAAACUUUUUAUUUUUUCUGUUGCUGAAGAGGCCUGUCAAGAAAAAAAAAAGGAAAGAAAAAGAAAAAAAUAUAUAUACCAUUAAGGGACCUUGAAGUCCUCAGUGUUAUCUUUGGAAAUGUUAUGAGUUCCAAGGGUAGAGUGUCUACCCUUGAAAAUAAAUUAAACUGAUUAAUCUGUCUAAACUUUUCAUUCAAAUGAAUAAGCCACAAAACUUUCAAAUAUAUUUAAAUACUUCUGAGCUUCUGUUUUAAAAGCCUUUGACAGGAAAAAGAGCCACUUCAUCAUCUGAGUUAGGUGUGAAUUUUAAGAGCUCCCUCUGCAACUCUUGACAACAAACAUUGAUAAAACCAUUCAUGGAUUUUGCAAAAGUAUAGAUCUGUUUCUGCCAGGAGUUGAUAGAUGCAAUAAGCUCUCAUAUUGACAAAACACUCAAAGCACCAUCAGUAAAAGAUAUCUCUGUGUGUUCUGUUUUGUUGUUUUACCUGCACAGUAGAUUAUGGCAGCUAACUACGCAGAGAUGAGCUGUAUUCAUGCAUGUUUUGAUCACUGUAAUAAGAGUUUGGAUGAAGACUGAGCCACGGUUGCAGAUAAAACAUGCUGUGGGUGGUAAAGCUGCAGACUCUGAAAACGACUAGGACAGGAAAAUGAGGCACAAGAGUCCUCUUCUGUGACGCUGCAUGUCCCUUAAACAAAUGGAGCACUAGCACAACCUAUUGGAAGGGACAGAUACUACAGCCAGACUGUGAAACAAAUCACUGUUACAAAUCCUGUGGUUGUCAAAGUGUCCAUGUGAGGGAGAAACAGGGCUCUAUGUCAUGAUUAUUGUAAGCUGAUUCAUGACUCAAUUUUACAAAGUAUUUAUGAGCUGGUUCUUACUGGGCUACAUUAUUGUCUUGCAAAGGAAAAGUGGACGUGAAGCAGAACUUUCUCCGUCUUAGGUGUUACAUAAUAUUUUACCAGCACAAACCGACUGGGGGAUUGAAAAAUAACGUUAAGAAGCUGUCAAAUAAAUCCUCUUUCAGGACCAACAGCUCCUCCUGUCUCGGGGGGUUCAUCAUGGAGAAUGGUUGAACUCGGUUGCACUUUUAAUCUAAUUUAAGUCUCUGCAAAGAAAUUUCUCUGAGAAGGGUUCAGACAUGCACAACCUGUUGCUUCUGAGUUUAAGGGGUUGAACUGAAUCAUAGCUUGGAUCUUGUGUUGUUUUGAUUGAAUAUUAAGACUUACGACCUGCAAUACCUUUUUUAUCCAAAACAUGGACAUCUGUGUGCCAAAUGUACCACGAUAACAUGGAGAGUUGGAUUUCAAGUGUUCUGGUGUUUUAAUCACAAGAUGGCGCUAUGAUCCAACUAAACCUGGAGGGCAUUUACUCUAAACAAAAUGAAUAAUAUCCCUACUACUCAGAUCAAGACAGGAACUGACUUCUAAAGUUCAUCAUGAUGUGUCUGCAAACACAUCAAAUCUGGGACAACAUUCCUUGUGUUGAUGUGACUGUUUAAGUCAGAAAGAUAAGGGUCACCAGAGCCUGGUCAGUAGAGGGCACUGGGGCGCCACUCCACCACUCUCCAAAAGAAGAGUAAAAGACCACGACUGGAUAGGAUUUUAGACAUUAAUUAAUGUGUAACACGUUUAACAUGUGCAUACAAACAAGUUUUUAAUCAGGUGCUUGUUAAAUAACUAUUGAGUAACAUAAAGUAGCAGAAAUAAAAUAAAAAAGUUGCUUAGGGGACAUAGUCUUCCACAAUCAUCGACUCUCAAUAUUUUGUACAGUUAAUUGCACCAUAAAUUUAUCAUACACUGCCAGUCAGCAGGCAGCAACAAAAAAACUUCAUUUCUGUCAGAGCCAUGAAAAGAGAGGUUGGGGCAUCACUGUAAAGAGUGAAAAAUCACAUUUUAUUGAAUGGAACUGAGUUUGAAACUAAGAUGGCUGUCAAGACGGAAGAAAACUCAGUAAAGUUAUGGUGAUUGUGAUUUUGAGAGGAAAUUUUGCUGGAUAUGCCUGAAAUGAUAACAUUAGAAAGAUGAUCUUUGCAGCAGGAUUCUAAAAUACAGAGAUUUAAGAGAUGAUCUGUGAUGACGAAGCUUGAAAUAACAACAUGUAAGAGGUGAUCUUUGCAAGAUAGAGUUUAAGAGCUUGGACCUGAGCAGCUGGACAUGAGCAUGAAUAAUAACACACUGGACCCAAAAUACAUAACCAAUCAGUAGCUUAAGUCCUGUAGAUCUACUUUAAUCUACAUUUUUAUAAGAGCUUUUUCACUUUACUGUCAAUGAGAUAUUUAUAUUGAACUAUAAGGGACUUGUAUCUAUUUUUAUGAGUCUUUUAAAAUCAUACGCCAUUCUGCUUGAGACUGAUGGGACAGUACCUUAGUGCUCUAUAUUGACCAGUCCCCUUUGGUCAGAAGACUGUCUGGACCACAGCUCACACCGCUCACAGUAGUGUCUGUAAAUUGAUGUUACAAAGAAAACAGGAAGGGCAAAUUCUAAGAAAGGAAAAAAGGCUUUGAUUGGACAACACAUAUUCACAGAUCUUUGCUUCCCAUUAGAGGCUAUGCAUCCAUGUUAAGGAGAGACUUUAGCAUCUAAUCUCUAAUGGUAAAAGCUCCUUCAUACCCCUUUGAUUUCUUACUACCUCAUACUCAAUCUGGUGCUCUCAGCUCUCCAAAAACAAAUCUUCAGUCAGUUCCAUGAGUUUAAAAAAAGUCGGCAGGCUGCAGGGCGUUUUCAUCAGAUCUCUCUCUUGUCUGUUCAAUCUGUACAUUUUUCAAGAUGUUCUGGAGUGAAUCUCUGUCCACAAGUAGAUUUAAUCUUUUCACUCAUCUCUUACCUCCUAGGUGUGCUUAUUUCAUGCCUCCUAUCAGUUUUCUUGUCUCUCAAGAGAUCCUUCUAACUCUCUAGGGGCAUAUGGAGGGCACGUCUCAAGUCUUAGCUGUUUGAGGCACCCUGAAAUUUCUUCAUAACAUCUUUAAUUAAUACACUUAACAUAUCUUUACAAUCUGUCUCUAUUUUUUGACAUGAUAAGCCUUCUUGUAAUACUGUUCUGUAUAUAACAGCGAAAUCUGUCUCAUGUUGCCCCGAGGUUUCAGUCAUUAUCUCCUCCCAAAAGUGCUUCUGGGUCUUUUUUCCUCCAAAAAGAGGCUCCUAGGAUAGAGGGUGUCAGACGCUUUACAAAUUGCCGAACCCCUUGAAGCCAAUUUUUCUGAAGUGUCACCUUUUUGCUUUUUUGACUAAUCAGCAGUCCGGAACUAAAAAUCCUCUAUGACAGAGAAAAGCUCCAAACUGUCCUGUUAAAAAAUGGGUGAGCUUCUUUGAAAACAUCCUUGUCCAAGAUACCAAUUAUUCAGACCGGCAGAGCUGAGUAAAGAGGUCUAGUGAGGUUCACCAAAUCUGCUUUAAACUUGCCAAAAAGGCAGCUUAACAACUAAAAAAAGUUUCCUCAUGCCCACAGGUGGCCUAUUAACCAAAAAAACUGCUUUCAACAAUUCACAGAAUAUUUUCAGGACCGUCACCUGCCUUCCAGCUACAAGAGUUAAGGGCAAAGUAUCACUCCAAGUUAGCAAGGCAAACUUCUAUAAUAGCUGGCAACAACUUCUCCAAGUAAUUGUUAAAAGAUUAAUCAGUUUAAAUGACUUGUUUUGCGCCUUUGCUUCCUAAAAGUAAAAAGGAGCAAGGUGACUAAAAGAGCGUGGAUACACCAGGGCAUGAUGAAAUAAGGAUAAACCCACAUGGAUGCUGGUUUAGUUCAGUUUGUGGAGCACAGAGGCCACAGUGCUUGACGCAUUUGUUGCUGGUUUGACUUCUGACCUUUAAUGCACAUCUUCCCUAAAUCUUUUCUUCCCACAUUUUCACUCCUUUCAACCACCGUCUUCACAGAUGUAACUAAAUCACUGUCACAAUAUGCCGAUGGAAGCCAGGAUGUCAUCAUUACAGGCGAACAUGUUACUUUAUUUGCUCUCUACUGACACUUUUCCUGUACAAAGUGAGCUAAUACAUGAUUAGUCAAACUACAAACAGAAACAAAAGUAUAAUCCAGAAUACCCAAACUCUAAUCUUGGCUCAAGAGUACAGAUUUAACAUUUUUCUGUAGGACCCAUACCAAGAGAAUUGCUUCAGUGAAAUGGUUCACUGGGGUGGUUUUGACUUACCGGCUCUGAUGCAGCUUUGGCGUCCUCGUAGUCCAGUAGUGUCUCCUCUUGUUAGGCAGGAUGGCAUCUCUGAGCAGUAUCACCUCAUCUACCUCCACUUUUAUAGCCUGGAUUCUGCAGCACAUGCAGGGCAAAAAGAGGGGAUAGAUUUCCAAGACGCCAAAACCUGUCUUCAAUUGAUUGGAGCUAAAUACAAUGUCAUCGAUGACCCUCUUUGUUAAUGCUUUUGUCGGCUCGGCUGAGGAGUGAUUCACAUCCACACAGCCAACGUCAAUCGGUGCACUAUUAAGAGACACAGCUGUCAUUACGGAGAGAAGGUUAUCAAUCCGACAGCUCUGAGAUAGUCAAUAACAUGAGAAAGUGCAACUGAUGUUAUAACAUGCAGGAGUUAAAGAUCAACAGCUGAUUCUUAUGGACAUAUUCCUGAAAUGAUGACGCAGUCACAGAGCUCCUGAUCAUUAAGGCUGUUUACUUUCACUGCAGACUAGCUCUCCCUCCGCUGGGUAACAUUGGGCUCCAGGUGCUUUAUGUUGGAGGUCCCCACCAUCUUUAUUGGGAAACAGGCCUCCAUGAUUAUUCAAAUGUCUUCAGGACUAUUGAGCCACAGGAACAAGGAGCAGAGUCGACUGUUUGAAAGUUAUAGCUACUCUCAUGCUGAGAACAGGAGGGUGGGAGGCGUAGCUGUCUCCGGGGGCUUUGUCACCGAUAAUUAGCGAUCAAUCAGGAAUUAGUUUAAACGCCUGAAAAGAACACAGAGAGCACUAUUAGAUUGCAAAGAUUCACUGCUCUCCAAUAAUUGCUUUGGAUUUUUACAGGGAAUCGAGGACCUCCUGUGUGAUUAUCAGUCCCAUUAGGCUCACCAUAGGUGCGUCAUAAACUUUUCCUUUAAUAUUGUGGAUCAGAGGAUCACAGCAGGCUUUUGAAGAGAGAAAUAUUGAUGUUAGUAACCUUCCAAAACUCUUGAUUAUCUCUCUAUCCUUAUCCUCUCUAUCCGAUCAUUAAUGAAACAUGAGUAAGCAACAGAAAAUUUUUAAUUCAUGUUGAAAACAACUUUAGUUAUUCAAGUCAAAAACACCCUUGUUUGUGAAAAACAACAACAAAAAAAAGCAACCAGAAGCGCCCACAAAAGUUGCCAGCCGUUUGUUUUGAUUGAAGUGGGAUGACCUUUGGGUGUUUUCCCAGUUCAGUGUCUUGGCACAGUUUACCUUUUACAGCAGGGUGUAAGGACAUGUUAUCACGAAGAUAGAAGACAGAAGUCAAUCUUGUUUUGCACCGACGGCUGGUACUGCAGCAGGAUUAGACUUCAGAUUCUACAACCAGAGCUUCGCACAGUAAAAGAGCAAAAAUUUCUUGACUCAUAUUUUUUUUUAUCCGUGUCAUGAUGAAAUGUUUGGCACAUUGCGUCUUUUUUAUCCCUGUGUUUAUUUCCUUCCCCAGAUCUUGACUACAAGGUUGGCAGCGGUGACAUUGUGUACCUGCGGUUCACUCCCAUCCUGUAUCAUUGAGAGUCACUCCACUGAUUGCAUCCUCUAAAAAUUUCUCUGUCUUCCUUCUCUCAGUUUCAAUACAAAAAAAUAGAAAGGCAAAACCAUCUUUUCUGUCCUCUCUAUUGCCGUUUUGAUUUGACAGUACUGGAAUUUGAGGCACAACAAGAAAAAAAAAUAAAGGAUGAGAACACCAUUUUUUGUUUAAGUUUUUUAAAACCUCAAUCAACCUCCCUAGUUCAUUUGAUCGUUUUCUUGGAAGUAUCUGAAAUUUUUUGAAAGGCUCAUCUUUCCCUCUGUUUGCUUUCAAGGUGUAGCCAAUCAGGUCCAAGGCCUUUACCUCUCAGCCUGCAAAGAUAUCCUCUCAAACAGCAUCCUAAGAUCAGCGACUUGACUCUUUUUUUCUACAUCUCAAUUGUCUGUGACUCCAGCCUCCUUUCCAAGUUACUGAAUUAUAGACAAACUGAAUCAAGAAAGUAACUCAGACCCUUGAAACUGUGACUUGCGCUUCACUUUUUUCUUUAGUAGCCUGCACUUAGAUAAUGUACGGUGCAUUGUGAUGACCCUGGACCAGUUCAGUCCAGCUGUUAGGUACAUUAUGAAGGCCUACCUCACAGCUGGACUGGUCUGUUGCUCUGUACAGGGAGCAAAUCUACUGGUUGAUACAGCAAGUCUUCAACAGCAUAUGGAGUGCUCAUGCAGUACGCUGCCUCAGGGUAAUAAUGAAGUCUUACACAGAUUCAGUCAGCAAUUCAUGGGAUGAUGACUACUGCAUGUACACACUUUACAUACAUGUAUACUUAAUACAGACACGCACACGCACACACAUGAUCACGUGUGUGUGCCACACACAAAUCUGAUAUGCACACACUGGUGAGUCACUGUACUUUUCUAACGAAUUUUGAAAGUGAGUUUCGAUUGAAGUGAGUUGACCUUUGUGAAGUUGGCUUUGGGUGGGUUUCCAGUUCAUUGUCUCGGCAAAGUUAUCCUUGUGCAGCAGGAUGUUAGGACAUGUUAUCAUGAAGAUAGAAGCCAAUAAUGAAAAGAAACAAAUUCACGUUUGAGUUCUUAUUUUCAUAAUAAUAAUUCAGAUGACACUUCAGAUGUCUGGGUCAGCAAAUGAGGUGUUAUGUCCUGCUAAGAUUGGUCAGAUUAGUCUCGAGGGACGUAAAAUAGUGUCUACACUCUCUGCCUUGUCAGAGAAUUUUGAUCAGAAGUUCAUCUUUAGACUGGAGUCUCUCAUUGGUUAAAUCUUGAGUUAAAGAUGUUCUUAGGUUGUGUAGUACAGCAGCCAGCUCUGCAGCAUAACUUCUGUCUUACAACUGGGACAAAAUAUCCUUAUAAUUUAUAAUGUCAAACACGUAAGACUAUAUCUAAAUUUCUUUAUUUUCAUAAACACAACCUCAACUCCAAAAUAUGUUGUGAUGCUGUUUUAGAAUGUUCAAUGUUUUUGCAUAAAAAUGCAAUCCCAACUUGGCACCCACUGAAAACAAUCAAACUGUCUAGCAGCUGAAAUCCUUCAUCAGAAAAGAAAGACAGAACGUGUUUAGGACUCCCAAAACUGUCCUCCUUUGUUCACAAACAUUCACCACAUUGUUUAAGGAAGAGGAAACAACAAUGGCAGACAUACCCCUGUCCCAACUUCUUCGAAACCUGCAGUGGGCAUCAAAUUUUAAAUACACAUUUUUCAGAAGACAGUAAAUUUUUCUGUUUUUAAUGCUCACAUGUAGUUUAAUGGAAUGAGAGUUUAAGCAUUAGAAUCUAUUUGAUUCAACAUUUUACUCAGCGCAACACAACAUUAAUAGUAUUCAUGGGAAAAACAACGGCUGUCAACAGCUCAUUAACCCUUCAAAUUUUCUCAGGGGAAAAUAAGCAACUAACCUGUUCUUUUCCUCAGAAGUAUGAGUCACGUCUACUAUAAAAGGGAGUGAGAGACAGCAGCGAUAUGUUCCAAUUCUGAUCUCCUUCUGCACCACACAAAGACGCAGUCACUACGAGAAGACAACAAUGACUUCAGGUGAGGCAAAGAUUACUGCACAUUUCAGCACAUUCAAUGAGACAGGAUCAGAUAUUUUCAACUGAAACACAGAAAAAAAGUAACUGGAUUUUUUUUUCAUUCCCUGAUUUUCACAGGAGAGAUUCCAAUCUUAUUCAAACUGAUCGUUGUCGAAGGUCUGAAGAUAGACCAAGUAAUAUCAAAAACAUUCACUGUGCCAACAAUAGCCGGGAAGACCCUCUUUCAGUCUAUGUCGUAUUUGGAGCAAGGCCCUGAAAAAUUUUCGUAAGUGAUGUAAUGAAACUUCAUUUGUUUACUCUUUUAACUCAAUCAAUAAAUCAGCCAGGUGAACGGAUCUUAGGGUCAGGAUGUUUUUAUUACACUUCCACCCAGAGUAAGUUAAGUCUGUGUUAAGAAAUACAACUUCAGGGAGAGAACCUCAACUUGCAAACACAAAGCAACAAUUUUACAGCCUGCCGAACUGUUUGUUUCUGCAGUUUCCGGACCAAGAGAGCCCCCAACAUUGGCCACUACAUUGUGGAAGCGAGGAACAUGAAGAAUGAACGCCACCAGUUCUGGGAAACUCUUCUGUGCAGCCCCUCAGAGGGCAUCAUGCCUAUCGGUAUGUAAAGAUACACACUUUCUUCUAGGAGGUGCCCCAGCUCUGUUUGUAAUAAUGUGUAGCUUUCAUAUGAAGAUGAACAGGAGGCAAUGGCAGCUUGUCGGAUGAUAAAAUCCAUAGUUAAAGGCACAGUGAGGAGUUGGCAUCUGAUUUGGAAAUAGUCUCACUCAACUAUUCAUGAUUAACACGGCAAAAUGAGAUUUUCAGCACCAAGACUUGAAGUUUAGUGCCUAUGAAAAAGUCCAACUUCAGAACUCAGCUGGUAAAGAUGGACAGUGUUAGCCAAAAGAAGGACUUUUAUUUAGAUGGUUUACUUUAUACAUCAUGUUUUGCACUGACGGCUGGUACUGCAGCAGGAUUAGACUUAAGAUUCUUCAACCAGAGCUUCGCACAGUAAAAGAGCAAAAAUUUCUUGACUCAUAUUUUUUUAAAUCCGUGUCAUGAUGAAAUGUUUGGCACGUUGCGUCUUUUUUACCCCUGUGUUUAUUUCCUUCCCCAGAUCUCGAGUACAAGGUUCAAAACGGUGACAUUGUGUACCUGCAGUUCACUCCCAUCCUGCAUAAUUGGUGGGAGUGACCCUGCUGAAUGCAUCCUCUUCAAAUUACUCUGUCGCCCUUCUUUCAGUUUCAAUACAAAAUAUACAACAUCUUUUCUGUCCUCUCCAAUGCUGUUUGAAUGAGACAAAACUGGAAUUUGAUGUGCAACAAGAAAAAGAAAUAAAGAAUGAGAAAACCAUUUUCAGUCUUAGUUUUUUUUUUCCUUAUUUAUUGCAUGACUGUGUUCUUCCUUCUCUACCUACCACACAUACAAGCUAUAAGCACAAGCAAUGUUCAUUAAAUACUCACAACUGGUCCUCCUCUUAUGGCUUAUGUGAGUUUUUUCAUUUCUUUCCUUUUCAGAUUAAUAAGCCCUAAAAACUCAACUAUAGUCCAUUUUUUAAAUAUUGAUUUGAAAAUCCAGAUGUCAUUUUCAGCUGUCAUUUUUAACAUGUACACAGAAUUGAGCUUACGAUUAGCUCCUGAAGACCACAAAAGUCAUUUCAGCUUACAGUACAUCCUAUGAGCUUAUCGCCAUCCCUACCAGCUGACAGCUCAGUUCAUUGACUUACAAGCAUCCAAUUGGCAAAUGUCAAAACAAGAUGAUAAUAAAUGCCUUUUUAUUAGUCUCUUGAAGUCUAUCUUUACAUGAGUGUAUUAGCCGAUAAAUCUACACAAUACCUUUGUGAAUGUUGCUCUCAGUGCGUCCCUUCAGUACCUCAAUACAACAAAGGAUGGCGUCUAAAACACACAAGCUGCAAGAGUUACAUGGUCAUUUUUGGUGAACUGAUAAUGUAGGCACUUUACAGCAUGAGUGGAGCAGAAAUACUUGUUAUUCGAUCAGCUGGGUGACAAAGAUCCUCUGGUAUGGUCAAACUUUCAGGUUAUUGGUCAAACUUUUCCUCAGCCCCUGGAAAAUUUAGUGGAUUUUUCUAUGAACAAACGCUUUUGAUUAUAAUCUCAUAAAAACAUGUUUUUGGAAGUGGACUUGAUUUAGACUGGAUAACAAGGGUCAAAAAGGUCAGGAAUUUAAAGUCACCUUGGUCACUGUGGAUAACAGACCUUGCGUAAGAAUGGACUAAUCUUGUAGUUUCUGGUCCUGAUGCAUGGAGCCUGCAGCACUAAAGGUCUACGGAAACAGGAAAGUUUAGCCAGCAACAGGUUUCAGGAAGAAGCCCUGGUAACGAAGAAAAGCCGAGUCCACUAAGGUUACAAAUAAAUGAUCUGUUUAUAAGUCCCUGAUUGCUCCGACUAAACUGUGAUAAACUUGCUGUGGUUGAGGGGAAAAGUACAGUGAGUCACCAGUUUGUGCAUGUUGGGUUCAUGUGUGUGUUCAUGUUGGGUUUUGUAGUAUCAGUGUCAUGAUCAGCCUUGGUUAUGUGUGUGUGCAUGCAUGCCUGUGCAAAAUAUGUAAAAAACAUAAGGUCUGUACAUGUAGUUGUCAAAAUCCUGUGGAUUGCUGACUGAAUAUGUAUAUGACAUCAUUAUUACACUCUUAAAAACAUUGGGUUAAAAACAAACCAAUUUGGGUGAAUUUUAACCAACUGAUUUAGUUGGUUCACUUAACCCAACAAUUGUUGUUUAUAUAACCCAAUUGGGUUGUUCAUAUAACCCAACUAAGGGUUCACAGUAACUACUAUGCUGGGUUCUUUAAACCCAGCAAGUUGGGUUGUUCAGAUUUAAUAUAAUACAAAAUUACAUUAAUUUAUCAGAUUUCAUACUGCGCUUUAUCAGAGACCAUCAAAGCACUUUACAUUGGAUACAUCAUUCAUUCACUCACACACAGAAACAUGGCUGCCAGUUGCACUUACAGCCUCUCCGACCACCAUCACGCAACACUCACAAUCAUACACCAGUGGAGGACACACACUGGGAGCAAGGUGGGUUAAGUGUCUUGCCCAAGGACAAAACAGACGGAUAGGAGGGAAUCAAACUGCAAACCAAAUUGGGUACUCAGAAUACUCAACUCCAUGAAAAUAACACAAAUUAAUUGACCAAAAGGCCCAAGCUAGUGGUUGGGUUGAAAAAAUAAAGAACAAAGACAAGCAUUUAAAAGCUCUCACAAAAGUUGCCAACAGUUGGUUUCCAUUGAAGUGGGUUGACCUUUGUGAAGAUGGCUUUGCGUGUUUUUCCAGUUCACAGUCCCGGCACAGAAGAUAGAAGCCAAUGAUAAAAAAUAAAAAAAACUUCAUGCUUGAUUUGCAGCACAGAGUCAUAAAGAUAGUUCAGAUGACACUUCAGAUGUCUGGGUCAGCAAAUGAGGUGUUAUGUCCUGCUAUAUUUCAUAUUGUGCUUUAUCAGAGACCCUCAAAGCAAUUUACAUUGGAUACAUCAUUCAUUCACUCACACGGUCACACCUUGGUAAACUAAUUUAGUAGUCACAGCUGCCCUGGGGCAGACUGACGGAAAUGUAGCUUGGAGUUUGCGCUGCCUAUGGCCCCUCCGAGCACCACCACGCAACUCUUACAGUCAUCCACCAGUGGAGGACACACACUGGGAGCAAGGUGGGUAAAGUGUCUUGCCCAAGGACACAACAGACAGACUCAGGAUAGCGGGGAAUCAAACUACAAGCAAAAUUGGGGACUCAGAAUACCCAAAUCCAUGAAAAUAACCAAACUAUAUUGACCAAAAGGCUCAAGCUAGUGGUUGGGUAGAAAAAACAACCCAGCCUUUUUUGUGUGUGUGAGAAACCAAUUACAGAAAAAUGUGCUAAUCUUGAAGUUGCCAACUGCUGGUUUCCAUUGAAGUGGUUUGACCUUUGUGAAGUUGGCUUUGGGUGUUUUUUCAGUUCACAGUCUUGGCACAGUUCACCUUUUACUGCAGGAUGUUAGGACAUGUUAACACGAAGAUAGAAGCCAAAAAUAAUAAUAAUAAUAAUAAUAAUAAUAAUAAUAAAACGUCAUGCUUGAUUUGCAGCACAUGAUUGAAAGAUACAUCAUGAGAUGCAACUGGGACACAUCAUUAGUGAUGUACCUGAGUUCAUUGGGCGUUUCGGGUCUUACAACAUCAUACGUCCUCCCUCAGAUGACCCAGCCUAGGGUUGAUCAGACCCUGGCUUGUGUCCCAGUAGCAAUGGCCCACAGUUCGCUCCUCCUGAUCCACAGCCACCUGGAGGCUCUCACUGCCGCCUCCAUGGUGGACUUGAUGGCUGACCUUUUUGCAGCCCCGGUGAUGCCAAGUAGCGAAUAAACCUUGCACAAUGAGCGGCCAGCAAAGCCCCUAUACCCCACUUCAAUGGGUUCGCACCGUGCCUUCCACCCUCCUCUUUGGCAUUGCUCGACCAGCUCCUGGUACUUUGACCGCUUCCGCUCGUUUGCCUCCUCUAUGCGGUUCUCCCAGGGAACUGUCAGUUCUAAAAAGAGCACCUGCCUUGCAGAGACUGACGAUAGCACGAUGUCUGGCCUUAGGGAAGUUGUCGUGAUCAGGGCCCGUAUGCACGUUGAAAGCGUUUAGCGUAAACGCGAUUAGGGCUUAAACGCGUUUAGUUAUACGGGCCUUAAACGCGUUUAGUUCCUAUACGAUUUUGGUAUGCAGAAUGCUGUAAACGGAACCGUAUAGCUAACUGCGUUUACUAUGUCUUAAACGGGUCGAUUGACGCUCGAGUAACGGUUCAACUGACUGUCGACUGAUCCACUCCUACCAAUUCCCCACACACAUCUUGGAAAGAAGAAGUGGCGUUGUACCGUAAGGUUACGAGGACUUGUUGUAGUGGAGUGAGGGUGAAUCCUCGGUUCGAAAGUUCAAUUUCAGCGGAAAUCUCCUGUGUGAGGUCGAGAAUAUGGUGCCGUCGAAAUCUAAACUUACGGAACACUUCGUGGUCGUCAUACGUGUCGAAGGGGUGUUUUCUGUCUCGAAAAAUCCUGUUUCGACGCAAGUGUUGCUGCUGUCUUCCUUGGAACAACAAGAGUGCCGCCGUAUUUAAACGCGUUUAGACCCGCUAUUGGACCCCCAGAGGUGCGAUAACUUAAAACGCGAAAAUCCGUACAGGAACGGCUAUACGAAGUGACGUGCAUACCGACAUUUUUGGCGUUCAGGAGUUAAACGCGUUUAGCGGGCUAAACGCGUUUUGCCAAGCAACGUGCAUACGGCCCCUGGUCUGGAAACUUGAGCUGCUUGCCAAGGUCAACUCUGAGAUCCCAGUCCAUCGCUGAGGUGAGAAGGCCAGCUUCUGGUUUGGGCUGUGACUGAGGCUGCUCUCCAGCCCUGAAAAAGGCGAUGUUCCUGUUGCCAGGUUGUUGCUUGCGGCUGUUGUUUUUGGCCACGGCUUUGGAGAUGGUUUCAGCAACAGACUUCAGCACCUGGUCGUGCCGCCAGCGGUAACGGCCCUCCCCAAGGGCUUUCGAACAGCUGCUUAGGAUGUGCUCCAGAGAGCCUUUCCUGGAGCACAGGGCACAGGCUGGAGAGUCACCCAGACCCCAGAGAUGGAUAAGAGUCAUAAUGAUAGUUCAGAUGACAUUUCAGAUGUCUGGGUCAGCAAAUGAAGUGUUAUGUCCUGCUAAGAUUGGUCAGAUUAGUCUUGAGGUAAAAUAGUGUCUACACUCUCUGCCCUAUCAGAGAAUUUUGAUCAGAAUCUCAUCUUUAGACUGGAGUCUCUCAUUGGUUAAAUCUUGAGUUAAAGAUGUUCUUAGGUUGUGUAGUACAGCAGCCAGCUCUGCAGCUUAACUUCUGUCUUACAACUGGGACAUAAUUUCCGUGUAAUUUAUUAUGUCAAAAAUGUAAGACUAUAUCUAAAUUUCUUUAUUUUCAUAAAUACAAACAAUCAAACUGUCUAGCAGCUGAAUUCCUUCAUCAGAAAAGAAAGAGACAACGUGUUUAGGACUCCCAAAACUGUCCUCCUUUGUUCACAAACAUUCACCACAUUGUUUAAGGAAGAGGAAACAACAAUGGUAGACAUACCCCUGUCCCAACUUCUUCGAAACCUGCAGUGGGCAUCAAAUUUAAAAUACACAUUUUUCAGAAGACAGUACAUUUUUCUGUUUUUAAUGCUCACAUGUCGUUUAAUCGAAUGAGAGUUUAAGCAUUAGAAUCUAUUUGAUUCAACAUUUUACUCAGCGCAACACAACAUUUCAAAAAUUGUGGUUGUAUCAGGCCAAUACCAUAAUUAUCACAUGAUGAGGUGUAACUUAAUAGUAUACAUGGGAAAAACAACGGCUGUCAACAGCUCAUUAACCCUUCAAAUUUUCUCAGGGGAAAAUAAGCAACUAACCUGUUCUUUUCCUCAGAAGUAUGAGUCAGGUCUACUAUAAAAGGGAGUGAGAGACAGCAACGAUAUGUUCCAACUCUGACCUCCCUAAGCCAAAAAACUCAACUAUAGUCCAUUUUUUAAAUAUUGAUUUGAAAAUCCAGAUGUUAUUUUUACCUGUCAUUUUCAACAUGUACACAGAAUUGAGCUCAAGAAAUCUACACAAUCCCUUUGUGAAUGUUGCUACCAACUGUGUUCCUCCAGUACCUCAAUACACCACAGGGUGGCUUUUAAAAUACACAAGCUGCAAGAGUUACAUGGUGUUUUUUGAUGAACUGCUAAUGUAGGCACUUUACAGCAUGAGUGGAGCAGAAAUAUUUCCAAUGUGCUCAUUUUUAUUGUACUUACUUGAGCAUUUGCAUUGCAAAAAGAUCCUCUGGUAUGGUCAAACUUUUCCUCAGCCCCUGGAAAAUUUAGUGAAUUUUUCUUUGAACAAAAGCUUUUGAUUAUAAUCUCAUAAAAACAUGUUUUUGGAAGUGGACCUGAUGUAGACUGGAUAACAAGGGUCAAAAUCAGGAAUUUAAAGUCACCUUGAUCACUGUGGAUAACAAACCUUGCGUAAGAAUGGACUAAUCAAGGACAAGGACACAACAGACGGAUAGGGGGGAAUCAAACUGCAAACCAAAUUGGGUACUCAGAAUACUCAACUCCAUGAAAAUAACCCAAAUAAAUUGACCAAAAGGCUCAAGCUAGUGGUUGGGUUGAAAGAACAACCCAGCCUUUUUUGUGUGUGUGAAUAACCAACGACAGAAAAAUGUGCUAAUCUUUAAAAGAACUCUAGUUAUCAAGUUAAACACACCCUUUUUUGGGAAGAACAAAGACAAGCAUUUAAAAGCUCUCACGAAAGUUGCCAACAGUUGGUUUCCAUUGAAGUGGGUUGACCUUUGUGAAGUUGGCUUUGCGUGUUUUUCCAGUUCACAGUCCCGGCACAGAAGUUAGAAGCCAAUAAUAAAAAAUUAAAAAAAAGUCAUGCUUGAUUUGCAGCACAGAGUCAUAAUGAUAGUUCAGAUGACAUUUCAGAUGUCUGGGUCAGCAAAUGAGGUGUUAUGUCCUGCUAUAUUUCAUACUGUGCUUUAUCAGAGACCCUCAAAGCAAUUUACAUUGGAUACAUCAUUCAUUCACUCACACAGUCACACCUUGGUAAACUAAUUUAGUAGUCACAGCUGCCCUGGGGCAGACUGACGGAAAUGUAGCUUGGAGUUUGCGCUGCCUAUGGCCCCUCCGAGCACCACCACGCAACUCUUACAGUCAUCCACCAGUGGAGGACACACACUGGGAGCAAGGUGGGUUAAGUGUCUUGCCCAAGGACACAACAGACAGACUCAGGAUAGCGGGGAAUCAAACUACAAGCAAAAUUGGGGACUCAGAAUACCCAAAUCCAUGAAAAUAACCAAACUAUAUUGACCAAAAGGCUCAAGCUAGUGGUUGGGUUGAAAAAACAACCCAGCCUUUUUUGUGUGUGUGAGAAACCAAUUACAGAAAAAUGUGCUAAUCUUGAAGUUGCCAACUGCUGGUUUCCAUUGAAGUGGUUUGACCUUUGUGAAGUUGGCUUUGGGUGUUUUUUCAGUUCACAGUCUUGGCACAGUUCACCUUUUACUGCAGGAUGUUAGGACAUGUUAACACGAAGAUAGAAGCCAAAAAUAAUAAUAAUAAUAAUAAUAAUAAUAAUAAUAAUAAUAAUAAUAAUAAAACGUCAUGCUUGAUUUGCAGCACAUGAUUGAAAGAUACAUCAUGAGAUGCAACUGGGACACAUCAUUAGUGAUGUACCUGAGUUCAUUGGGCGUUUCGGGUCUUACAACAUCAUACGUCCUCCCUCAGAUGACCCAGCCUAGGGUUGAUCAGACCCUGGCUUGUGUCCCAGUAGCAAUGGCCCACAGUUCGCUCCUCCUGAUCCACAGCCACCUGGAGGCUCUCACUGCCGCCUCCAUGGUGGACUUGAUGGCUGACCUUUUUGCAGCCCCGGUGAUGCCAAGUAGCGAAUAAACCUUGCACAAUGAGCGGCCAGCAAAGCCCCUAUACCCCACUUCAAUGGGUUCGCACCGUGCCUUCCACCCUCCUCUUUGGCAUUGCUCGACCAGCUCCUGGUACUUUGACCGCUUCCGCUCGUUUGCCUCCUCUACGCGGUCCUCCCAGGGAACUGUCAGUUCUAAAAAGAGCACCUGCCUUGCAGAGACUGACGAUAGCACGAUGUCUGGCCUUAGGGAAGUUGUCGUGAUCAGGGCCCGUAUGCACGUUGAAAGCGUUUAGCGUAAACGCGAUUAGGGCUUAAACGCGUUUAGUUAUACGGGCCUUAAACGCGUUUAGUUCCUAUACGAUUUUGGUAUGCAGAAUGCUGUAAACGGAACCGUAUAGCUAACCGCGUUUACUAUGUCUUAAACGGGUCGAUUGACGCUCGAGUGACGGUUCAACUGACUGUCGACUGAUCCACUCCUACCAACUCCCCACACACGUCUUGGAAAGAAGAAGUGGCGUUGUACCGUAAGGUUACGAGGACUUGUUGUAGUGGAGUGAGGGUGAAUCCUCGGUUCGAAAGUUCAAUUUCAGCGGAAAUCUCCUGUGUGAGGUCGAGAAUAUGGUGCUGUCGAAAUCUAAACUUACGGAACACUUCGUGGUCGUCAUACGUGUCGAAGGGGUGUUUUCCGUCUCGAAAAAUCCUGUUUCGACGCAAGUGUUGCCGCUGUCUUCCUUGGAACAACAAGAGUGCCGCCGUAUUUAAACGCGUUUAGACCCGCUAUUGGACCCCCAGAGGUGCGAUAACUUAAAACGCGAAAAUCCGUACAGGAACGGCUAUACGAAGUGACGUGCAUACCGACAUUUUUGGCGUUCAGGAGUUAAACGCGUUUAGCGGGCUAAACGCGUUUUGCCAAGCAACGUGCAUACGGCCCCUGGUCUGGAAACUUGAGCUGCUUGCCAAGGUCAACUCUGAGAUCCCAGUCCAUCGCUGAGGUGAGAAGGCCAGCUUCUGGUUUGGGCUGUGACUGAGGCUGCUCUCCAGCCCUGAAAAAGGCGAUGUUCCUGUUGCCAGGUUGUUGCUUGCGGCUGUUGUUUUUGGCCACGGCUUUGGAGAUGGUUUCAGCAACAGACUUCAGCACCUGGUCGUGCCGCCAGCGGUAACGACCCUCCCCAAGGGCUUUCGAACAGCUGCUUAGGAUGUGCUCCAGAGAGCCUUUCCUGGAGCACAGGGCACAGGCUGGAGAGUCACCCAGACCCCAGAGAUGGAUAAGAGUCAUAAUGAUAGUUCAGAUGACAUUUCAGAUGUCUGGGUCAGCAAAUGAAGUGUUAUGUCCUGCUAAGAUUGGUCAGAUUAGUCUUGAGGUAAAAUAGUGUCUACACUCUCUGCCCUAUCAGAGAAUUUUGAUCAGAAUCUCAUCUUUAGACUGGAGUCUCUCAUUGGUUAAAUCUUGAGUUAAAGAUGUUCUUAGGUUGUGUAGUACAGCAGCCAGCUCUGCAGCUUAACUUCUGUCUUACAACUGGGACAUAAUUUCCGUGUAAUUUAUUAUGUCAAAAAUGUAAGACUAUAUCUAAAUUUCUUUAUUUUCAUAAAUACAAACAAUCAAACUGUCUAGCAGCUGAAUUCCUUCAUCAGAAAAGAAAGAGACAACGUGUUUAGGACUCCCAAAACUGUCCUCCUUUGUUCACAAACAUUCACCACAUUGUUUAAGGAAGAGGAAACAACAAUGGUAGACAUACCCCUGUCCCAACUUCUUCGAAACCUGCAGUGGGCAUCAAAUUUAAAAUACACAUUUUUCAGAAGACAGUACAUUUUUCCGUUUUUAAUGCUCACAUGUCGUUUAAUCGAAUGAGAGUUUAAGCAUUAGAAUCUAUUUGAUUCAACAUUUUACUCAGCGCAACACAACAUUUCAAAAAUUGUGGUUGUAUCAGGCCAAUACCAUAAUUAUCACAUGAUGAGGUGUAACUUAAUAGUAUACAUGGGAAAAACAACGGCUGUCAACAGCUCAUUAACCCUUCAAAUUUUCUCAGGGGAAAAUAAGCAACUAACCUGUUCUUUUCCUCAGAAGUAUGAGUCAGGUCUACUAUAAAAGGGAGUGAGAGACAGCAACGAUAUGUUCCAACUCUGACCUCCCUAAGCCAAAAAACUCAACUAUAGUCCAUUUUUUAAAUAUUGAUUUGAAAAUCCAGAUGUUAUUUUUACCUGUCAUUUUCAACAUGUACACAGAAUUGAGCUCAAGAAAUCUACACAAUCCCUUUGUGAAUGUUGCUACCAACUGUGUUCCUCCAGUACCUCAAUACACCACAGGGUGGCUUUUAAAAUACACAAGCUGCAAGAGUUACAUGGUGUUUUUUGAUGAACUGCUAAUGUAGGCACUUUACAGCAUGAGUGGAGCAGAAAUAUUUCCAAUGUGCUCAUUUUUAUUGUACUUGCUUGAGCAUUUGCAUUGCAAAAAGAUCCUCUGGUAUGGUCAAACUUUUCCUCAGCCCCUGGAAAAUUUAGUGAAUUUUUCUUUGAACAAAAGCUUUUGAUUAAAAUCUCAUAAAAACAUGUUUUUGGAAGUGGACCUGAUGUAGACUGGAUAACAAGGGUCAAAAUCAGGAAUUUAAAGUCACCUUGAUCACUGUGGAUAACAAACCUUGCGUAAGAAUGGACUAAUCAAGGACAAGGACACAACAGACGGAUAGGGGGGAAUCAAACUGCAAACCAAAUUGGGUACUCAGAAUACUCAACUCCAUGAAAAUAACCCAAAUAAAUUGACCAAAAGGCUCAAGCUAGUGGUUGGGUUGAAAGAACAACCCAGCCUUUUUUGUGUGUGUGAAUAACCAACGACAGAAAAAUGUGCUAAUCUUUAAAAGAACUCUAGUUAUCAAGUUAAACACACCCUUUUUUGGGAAGAACAAAGACAAGCAUUUAAAAGCUCUCACGAAAGUUGCCAACAGUUGGUUUCCAUUGAAGUGGGUUGACCUUUGUGAAGUUGGCUUUGCGUGUUUUUCCAGUUCACAGUCCCGGCACAGAAGUUAGAAGCCAAUAAUAAAAAAUUAAAAAAAAGUCAUGCUUGAUUUGCAGCACAGAGUCAUAAUGAUAGUUCAGAUGACAUUUCAGAUGUCUGGGUCAGCAAAUGAGGUGUUAUGUCCUGCUAUAUUUCAUACUGUGCUUUAUCAGAGACCCUCAAAGCAAUUUACAUUGGAUACAUCAUUCAUUCACUGACACAGUCACACCUUGGUAAACUAAUUUAGUAGUCACAGCUGCCCUGGGGCAGACUGACGGAAAUGUAGCUUGGAGGCAAAGAUUACUGCACAUUUCAGCACAUUCAACAAGACAGGAUCAGAUAUUUUUAACUGAAACACAGAAAAAAAGUAACUGGAUUUUUUUUUCAUUCCCUGAUUUUCACAGGAGAGAUUCCAAUCUCAUUCAAACUGAUCGUUGUUGAAGGUCUGAAGAAAGGCCAAGUAAUAUCAAAAACAUUCACUGUGCCAACAAUAACCGGGAAGACCCUCUUUCAGUCUAUGUCGUAUUUGGAGCAAGGCCCUGAAAAAUUUACGUAAGUGAUGUAAUGAAACUUCAUUUGUUUACUCUUUUAACUCAAUCAAUAAAUCAGCCAGGUGAACGGAUCUUAGGGUCAGGAUGUUUUUAUUACACUUCCACCCAGAGUAAGUUAAGUCUGUGUUAAGAAAUACAACUUCAGGGAGAGAACCUCAACUUGCAAACACAAAGCAACAAUUUUACAGCCUGCCGAACUGUUUGUUUCUGCAGUUUCCGGACCAAGAGAGCCCCCAACAUUGGCCACUACAUUGUGGAAGUGAGGAACAUGAAGAAUGAACGCCACCAGUUCUGGGAAACUCUUCUGUGCAGCCCCUCAGAGGGCAUCAUGCCUAUCGGUAAGUAAAGAUACACACUUUCUUCUAGGAGGUGCCCCAGCUCUGUUUGUAAUAAUGUGUAGCUUUCAUAUGAAAAUGAACAGGAGGCAAUGGCAGCUUGUCGGAUGAUAAAAUCCAUAGUUAAAGGCACAGUGAGGAGUUGGCAUCUGAUUUGGAAAUAGUCUCACUCAACUAUUCAUGAUUAACACGGCAAAAUGAGAUUUUCAGCACCAAGACUUGAAGUUUAGUGCCUAUGAAAAAGUCCACCUUCAGAACUGGUAAAGAUGGACGGUGUUAGCCAAAAGAAGGACUUUUAUUUAGAUGGUUUACUUUCUACAUCAUGUUUUGCACUGACGGCUGGUACUGCAGCAGGAUUAGACUUCAGAUUCUUCAACCAGAGCCUUGCACAGUAAAAGAGCAAAAAUUUCUUGACUCAUAUUUUUUUAAAUCCGUGUCAUGAUGAAAUGUUUGGCACGUUGCGUCUUUUUUACCCCUGUGUUUAUUUCCUUCCCCAGAUCUCGACUACAAGGUUGACAGCGGUGACAUUGUGUACCUGCAGUUCACUCCCAUCCUGCAUAAUUGGUGGGGUGACCCCACUGAAUGCAUCCUCUUCAAAUUACUCUGUCGCCCUUCUUUCAGUUUCAAUACAAAAUAA